AUGUCCCAUGGUUUCCGUCGGGAUGUUGAAGCCAAUCAUUUCACUCCUCGAGAAUAUCAGAUCGAACUCCUCGAAGUCGCCACCAAAAGGAACACCAUUGUGCAACUUGGGACCGGGUCGGGGAAAACCCUAAUUGCCAUUUUACUCAUCAAGGAAUACGGCACGCAAGUGUUCACGUCAAUUGCCAACGGAGGGAAGCGAAUUUUCUUUCUUGUUCAAAAUGUCAGUCUCGUGCAGCAACAAGCCGAACAAAUCUCGAUUCACACAAGUAUGAACGUGGGACUUUUGCACGGAUCGCUAAACACGAACACGACGACCGACAUCAACAAAUGGAACAAAUACAUCGAUGAGCAUCAUGUCAUCGUGCUGACGGCUCAAGUUUUUCUCGAUUUGAUCGAUCAUGCUUUCUACGAUCCGACGAAUGCCGCCCUGUUGAUCUUCGAUGAAUGCCAUCAUUGUAUGGGCUCAAAGCACGCGUAUCGUUUGAUCAUGGAUCGAGUGAGGAAAUUGGACAAAACGAAUCGUCCACGAAUCCUCGGAUUAACCGCCUCAUUGAUCAACAAUAAAACGAGUCCCGAGAAUUUGGAGCGAGAUAUCGUCAAAUUGGAAAUGAUCUUGGAUGCGACUGUGGCCACGGCGAGUGAUCUGGCAGCGACUUCAAAAUACGGAGCGAAACCAACAGAGGUAAUGGUGAACUGUAGGAAUUCAAUCGAGGCCGGAACCACCAAGUCGAUUAGCAUACUUUUGGAAAGAGUCCUCGUCUUUUGCCAAGGUUACAACGGUUUUCAAGUCGAUCUCGAUGUGGACCCAAGAAAGUACAUAAGAGAAACGAUCAACCGGACGCUUUGUGUGCUACGACAAUGUGGCCAGUGGUGUACAUGGAAGGUCGUUCAAUUUUUGGUCAAAGAGCUAACCAAGCAAAUGAAACUGCCGCAUGUUCCCGAGAAAACACAAGAUUUUCUUCGAAUUGCUGAAACAGCUUUAAUCACCGUGCGAAGAUUGUUGGAACCAAAGUUAAAAGCUAUCAAGUUGACGGACGAAUUGAAAGACUUUUUGACACCAAGAUUGAAUAAAUUACUGGAACUUUUGUUGGCGUUCAAUCCGGAGGAAACUGGGAAACCUUUGAGCGGGAUUGUUUUUGUCGAUCAACGGAUGAUUGCGUAUGCGUUGAAGACCUUGCUCAAGCACCUCGCCAGAUUUGACCAAAAGAAUUUCGGAUUCCUCAAAGUGGAUUUCAUUGUCGGCUAUUCAUCAUCAUUCUCUAUCGAUCAAACCGAGUCUCAAGCGUUGCAGAAGCGUCAAAUUGAGUGCCUACGGAAAUUUCACCGAAACGAACUCAACUUGAUCAUUGCGACGAAUGUGCUGGAAGAGGGAGUAGAUGUUCGACAAUGCAAUCUUGUUGUGAAAUUUGAUCGACCGAUCGAAUUUCGAUCAUAUGUUCAAUCGCGAGGUCGAGCGAGGAAACCAGGCUCCCAUUACGUUAUCAUGUGUGAAGAAAGCCAGGUGUCCGAUUGUAUGCGCGAUUUGAAAGAUUUUCGAGCUAUCGAAAAGUUACUUCUAGCGAGAUACUGCAGUGUUCACAAUCCGACUGGUCAGGAAGAGCUUUUGAGUGACGUUGAUGAUGUUAGACCGCCGUAUGUUGUGCCGACAACGGGAGCAAAAGUGGCAUUGAGUGGAGCGAUUGCUUUGCUAAAUCGGUAUUGUGCAUCUCUACCAUCAGAUAUCUUCACUCGCCUUGUCCCUGAAAACAAGCUCAUCCCGGUGACCGUGAAUGGAUUCAUGCGGUACCAAGCCGAACUAUAUUUGCCCAUCAACUCGCCCAUUAAGGAGAUCAUUCGGCUGUCGGAUCCAUGUGAUUCAAAGAAAAUGGCACAAAUGAUGAUCGCCUUAAAAGCUUGCGAAAUCUUACACAGAAAGGGGGAGCUAAACGACUACCUGUUGCCACAAGGAAAAGACACUGUUGCAAAGUUGAUGAGUCAACUGGAUGAGGAUCCUGAUGAAUGUAUCCCCGGUCUAGCCGCCAGAGUUGGUUCCUCGAAACGAAAGCAACUCUACGAUAAACGAGUGGCAAAAGUUCUAAACCGAGCUCUACCCAAGAAGAACGCUGACAACUACGUGUAUGUGCUCGAAAUGGAGCUUAUCAAAGAGCCAAGUCUGGAAAGCAAUCCAAAAGGUCGAAAGUUUCAAGAUCCUCAACAAAUGGCCUGUUGCUUUGGAUUUCUCUCCUCGAUUAUCCUGCCACCGAUCCCACCCUUCCCGGCCUAUCUUCGACAGGGUGAUAUGCGUGUCUAUGUUCGUCGAGCCAGUAACAUGGUCUGUCUCAACGAGCACACUCUACAGAUGCUUAUUCAGUUCCACGACUACGUUUUCAAGAACGUGCUCCUCCUCAAAGACAAUCUACAACUCUCAUUGUCUGAAUUUUCUGCGAUGAAUACAUUGAUCGUUCCAUUGAAAAGAAUCCCUCAGGAGAAUGGAAACAUCGAUUAUGAGAUCAACAUGCGUUACGUGACCGAACUUGUUCAGUGCAAGGGUAAUCUGCCACGUGUACCUGAUCCAGAAGAGCGCAAGGAUUACAAGUUCAGGAAAGAAGAUUAUCUUGACGCCGUUGUGAUGCCCUGGUAUCGAAGUAUGGAACAACCGACUUUCUACUAUGUGGCCGAGAUUUUGGAAAGUAUGAACCCGAAUUCUCCGUUUCCCGAUAAUGCUUUUGGAUCGUUCAACGAGUAUUUUGAGAAGAAGUACAACAUUCAGAUUUAUGACCAAGAACAAGCACUUCUCGACGUCGAUUACACAAGCAAUCGAUUGAAUCUCCUGCUGCCUCGACCGCGAAGCUCUAGACGUCCCGUGAAAACGAGUGAUUUAGUGCAGCGUCAAAUUCUCGUGCCCGAAUUGAUGGAUCGGCACCCAAUAGCAGCGCAUUUGUGGAACACGAUUUGCUCUUUACCAUGCUUAUUCUAUAGAAUCAACCAACUCCUACUUGCCGAUGAGCUUCGAGAAAGGAUCUGCCGAGAAGCGUUGCACAUUUCUGAAACUGUACCUGAAGAUUUUCACUGGAAUCCCCUCACUUACCCGAGCACUUAUGAGGAAAAACAAAGCUUGAUUGUGGCAAAAAUUCAACAGUUGCGCAAAGAGAACAAAUGUUUGGAAGGGACUUCAGAGAUUUUACCAACAGGAGAGAAUCCGGGUUUCGAGAUAGGCGUCUGGGAUCCUGAGCUGGGGAGCGGUUUGGUUUGGCGAGAGACAGAUUUAGUCGGUGGACAAACGGCGAUCAGUCAACCGCUUCACAUCGAUGCCGAUGUGGAGAGGGAUCCUGAUACGCUUGGACUCAUGAAACCCUACGCUGCCUCUUCUGGAGAUCUAUCAGAUGAUGAGGAGAAUGACGCCAUCAUCUUUUUGGAUUCUCGCAAAUUUUCAUCAAAAGUCAAGGAUAACAACAUCGAUGAUUUCGCGAAUCCCCGUCAAGAGGUGAUCGCUUCAAUGGGCAAUGAAAACUGGGAUAAUUGGAACGUUGAGAUCCCGACGACAAAUAAUUUGCCGUUUGAAAUCCUCCCCUUCUCUGAUAAUAACUUCGAUUUGAACGGUUUGAAUGCGGAUGUUCAGAAACUGGUGAUGAAUGAGCCGAAUUUUUUGUCGUAUGCAAUACCCGAGCUGAAAAAUGAUGGUCAAAAGGCUGUAGCAAAGUCUACUAUCAAUGGAAAGACUCGAACCCCCCUUCAAUUCGACGGUGUUGACGGCAAAGAAGAUUUCGAGAAGCGUCGGAAACAGGAAGACACAGUGAACCUAAUCGAUUUCGAUGACGGAGUUGAAAAUGAUUUGAUUGGAAUGUCCAAAUACCGCGAGUUCAAAUGGGAAGAUGAGUUGCAAGCGUUGAUGAGUGGCGAGGAACAGAAAAAUAUGAAAGACGAACAGAUUCUGAAAGCGAUUGCACCUGAUGUGUCGAUAAAGGAUCAUCCUGUCACCGCACCAAAGACCGACUCGUCGUUUACUUUCAUCUCGGCCUCGCCGGCGACCUCGGGAACUUCGCUAGUGACCAGCACUUCGAACUCUUUGAUUGACAUUGAUGUGGCACCCUCAUCCUCGCAAACACACCUUGCUGGGCGGCCGUGGCCUCGAGCUACAGCUUAUGAUGGAAGAUACGGUGUGUCUCCGUGCCUUCUCCUUCAAGCCCUCACGACCAGCAAUGCAAAUGAUGGCAUCAACCUCGAGCGACUUGAAACGAUUGGCGACUCGUUUUUGAAAUACGCGGUCACCGAUUUCCUCUAUCACACCCAUUGGGAUCAACACGAAGGAAAACUUUCGUUUGCCAGGAGCAAAGAGGUGUCCAAUUGUAACCUCUACCAUCUCGGUAGACGCCUCGAUCUGCCGUCGCUCAUCGUCGGCUACAAAUUUGAUGUGCAAGAUGCGUGGUUACCUCCCUGUUACGUGCCGAAUAGUGAUUUCAAAGCACCAAAUUCUGAGUUUGCCGAAGAAGAAGAUCGCCUAAUGGAAUCAGUGCUUGCUGGUGUGAGUGAUGCGGCUACAAAAGAUGUGAAAUCAACAACAGGAUGGGACGCUGACGAUGGGAACAAUGCGAUCACGACUGUCGUUAAUGGAGUUGAAGUGACAAAUUUCCCGAAGAUCAAUGCAGCGAAUGAGGCUCUGAUGAACGAAUUGGCUCCGCUUCCCUUCAAUAUGUUGACGCAACAACAAAUGAGCGACAAGAGUAUCGCCGACUCGGUGGAGGCGUUGAUUGGAGCGCAUUUGUUGAGUCUUGGACCCGAGAAAACACUAUUGGUCAUGAAAUGGUUGGGAAUCAAGGUGCUUACCGAGCCUCCCAAGUUAACCUCACCGCUAUUGAGGAUGAUUGACACAAUGGAGAAUCCGACACGAUCAUCACACCAGCUUUCCGAGUUCUGGGUCUCGUUCCAAUUGAGCAAAGUCGAGGAGACGAUUGGUUAUCAGUUUAAGGACAAAGCCUACCUUCUCCAAGCGUUCACCCAUGUGUCCUUCUUCAGAAAUCGUAUUACUGGAUGCUAUCAGAGACUCGAGUUCUUGGGAGAUGCUGUACUUGACUACAUGAUCACGCGAUUUCUCUAUGAACAUGAGCGACAAUAUAGCCCGGGUGUUCUGACAGAUCUCCGCUCCGCUUUGGUAAACAAUACGAUCUUUGCGUCCUUAGCAAUAAAAUAUGGCUUUCAUAAGCAUUUUGUUGCGAUUUGCCCUGGUCUUCAUCAAAUGAUCGAGAAAUUUGUGAAACUUUGCCGCGAGAAGAACUUCUUCGAUGCCAAUUUUAAUGCCGAGAUGUACAUGGUAACGACAGAAGAAGAAUACGAUGAGGGACAAGAGGAGGAUAUCGAGGUGCCAAAAGCGAUGAGUGACAUCUUUGAGAGUUUGGCGGGAGCUGUUUACUUGGACUCGGGUCGAGAUCUCGACAUUGUGUGGCGUGUUUUCUACGGAUUGAUGAAGAACACGAUUGACGAGUGUUGCCGAAACCCGCCGAGAAGCCCAAUCAGAGAGUUACUCGAGUUGGAGCCCGGGCAUACGAGAUUCAGUAAAAUGGAGCGAAUCAUCGAGACUGGCAAGGCUCGUGUGACCGUCGAGGUGAACAAGGGAGGAUCAGGACCGAUUCGAUUCACCGGAAUGGCCAGAAAUUAUCGAAUUGCAAAAGCGACUGCUGCGAAGAGGGCUCUCAAAUAUCUGAAGUCUCUGGAGGAACAAAAGCUGCGCUCGAAAAAACCGACGGGAUUGGAGGCAAGGGAUGAGCAGAAAUCGUCCCUUCUCAAAGGUCCACAAAUAUUUGAAAUGGACGAGAAGAAAUCACUCGGAAACUCAUCUGCUCGCACCUCGGCGUUCACCUCGAUCGUGCUCGCCACAGUCGCCAUUACGGCUUGCUUGGUCACCAUUCCAUUGGUGUUCAGCUAUGUGCAGACCCUAGAGUCAUCGAUCCACGCUGAGGUCGAGAGCUGCAAGACCCGUGCUCGUGACCUUUGGAGAGAGAUGCUCGAGGUUCAAGUCGGAGCUGGACGCCCAGUGGCCGCUCGUGUCGCUCGCUCGGCUGUGAUGACUCCUGAGCUCGCUGAGAAUGUUGAGCGUGCCAAGAGACAAUGGUGGCAACAACAGCAAGGAGGUGGCGGCAGUUGCUGCACUUGCCAACGCGGAGCUCCCGGACCACCAGGAGUGCCCGGAAAUGAUGGAGCUGAUGGAGUUGAUGGAGAUAUUGGAGAGAAUGGAAACCCAGGAGCCCCCGCUUACACCAACCCCGACUAUGGCCGCCCACGUCCACAAUGCGGAUGCGAGUCGCCAUCCGGACCCGCUGGAGCCCCCGGAAACCGUGGACAACCCGGAGGCCCUGGAGCCCCUGGACGCCCAGGAUCAGGCGGCGGCAUGGGAGCCCCUGGAAGACCCGGAGCCGAUGGACACCCAGGAGCCCCUGGAAACCCUGGAAGACCUGGAAGCCCUGGAGCCCCUGGACAAGUCACUGGAACGAGCCAAGGAGCACCUGGAGAGGCUGGAAGACCCGGAGCCCCAGGAAACCCCGGACCCAAGGGACCACCCGGAUUCCCCGGAGACAGCGGAGCACCCGGAAGAAAUGGAGAGCCAGGAGCCGACGGAGCACCCGGAAGACCUGGAGAGCCCGGACGCGAUGGACAACCUGGACAACCCGGACGUCCCGGAGACCGUGGAGACUGCUCGCACUGCCCUCCAGCUCGUGUGGCUCCCGGUUAC